UUGCUCUUCAAAAGGCUGUGUCAGGACUCAGCAGUCAUAACAAGAACUCGGGGAUCCAAGUCAGGUUCAUCAUGGCAUCCUCUGCUCUCUCCUCUCUCUUCUACCCACUCCGCCCUCGACCGCCCACUACCGGUCAACUCCACCUCCGUACCCUACCGAACCGAUCCGUGCCCGUCUCCUUCCAUUCCAGUCACCGCCGGUUCCUCUCACCUCCCAACAACAAACCCUCACCCUGCCCAUCUAUCUGUGCCGGUACGGUCACCGUCGGUGUCCCCACUCCUCUGAUCUCUCCCAACGACCAAUGGGGCAUGUGGACCGCUCUCCUCGCCACCAGUGCUUUUGGCAUCUGGUCAGAGAAAACGAAACUCGGGAGCACAUUAAGUGGAGCUCUAGUGAGCACACUGGUGGGGCUUGCAGCCAGUAGUGUUGGAAUAAUAGCUGCGGAGGCGCCAACAUAUAAGGUUGUGCUGGAGUACUUGCUUCCCAUUGCCAUCCCUUUGCUUCUCUUCAAUGCUGAUCUUCGCCGUGUUGUUAGGUCUACAGGGACACUUCUCCUAGCUUUCUUGGUUGGCUCUGUUGCAACAAUAAUUGGAACUAUCGUUGCAUAUCUGUUGGUGCCAAUGCGAUCACUUGGGCAAGAUAGCUGGAAAAUUGCAGCAGCCUUGAUGAGUAGGCAUAUAGGUGGAGCUGUCAAUUACGUUGCUGUUUCGGAGGCUCUUGGUGUCUCUCCAUCUAUUCUGGCUGCAGGAUUGGCUGCUGAUAAUGUUAUGUGUGCACUUUAUUUCUCAUUUCUUUUUGGAUUGGCUUCAAAAAUACCUCCAGAGGCUUCGACAUCCAUAGAUGUAGGUGGUCUGGUGGAUGAUGAACCUCGUGCAGGAAACAAGCUACCUGUUUUGCAAAGUGCUACAGCUAUUGCUGUUUCCUUUGCAAUCUGCAAAACUGGAACAUUCAUAACUAAGCAAUUUGGUUUCCCAGGAGGCAGUCUUCCAUGUAUAACGGCAACUAGCGUGCUCUUGGCAACAGUAUUCCCAGCACAGUUCCGAAGUCUUGCUCCUUCUGGAGAGGCAAUUGCUAUGAUUUUAAUGCAGGUCUUCUUUGCUGUCGUUGGAGCAAACGGUAGCAUUGCGAAUGUAAUAAACACAACACCGGGCAUCUUUGCGUUUGCAUUUAUCCAAAUGGCUGUUCAUCUUGCUGUGAUUCUUGGAAUUGGUAAGCUUCUAGGGUUUGAGAGGAAGUUACUUCUGAUUGCUUCUAAUGCUAACGUUGGGGGACCAACAACUGCUUGUGGGAUGGCAACUGCCAAAGGAUGGAGCUCUUUAAUAGUUCCAGGGAUACUUGCUGGCGUUUUUGGGAUUGCAAUCGCCACGUUUCUUGGGAUUGGAUUUGGGUUCUUUGUUUUAAAACGCAUGUAGUCUGUUUUUCCAUUUAGGGCCUGUUCGUUUGGCCAAAAAAACUGGGAAAUCAAACUUUAGGAAACCUAUCUCCUAUUAUAAUUACUUUGAAGUUGUUUGGUUGGUUUAAAAAAAAGGAAAUUAUAGAAUAGGAGAUGAGAUGA